UUUCACUGAUGGAGAUGAAACCUCCUAUUUCCCGAGCAAAAAUGAUUCUCAUCACAAAAGCUGCCAUUAAAGCUAUUAAGCUCUACAAGCAUGUUGUCCAGAUUGUAGAGAAGUUUAUCAAAAAGUGCAAACCAGAAUAUAAAGUCCCUGGAUUGUACGUUAUUGACUCUAUUGUUCGUCAGUCUCGUCACCAGUUUGGAACGGACAAAGAUGUUUUUGGGCCAAGAUUCUCUAAAAAUAUUACUGCCACAUUCCAGUAUUUGUAUCUCUGUCCAUCUGAAGACAAGAGUAAAAUAGUCCGUGUCCUGAACCUUUGGCAGAAAAAUGGAGUGUUUAAAAUUGAAAUAAUUCAACCUCUUCUGGAUAUGGCAGCAGGAACUACUGCCACUGCACCAAUGACAGAAAAUGCUACUAACAAUGAAGGUUCGCCGCCCCCUCCAGCAAAGGUUCCUUCGGAGCCCCCUCAAGUUACUGCUAACUCAGUACCUAGUGUGCCACAGUUGCCCAGUUCUGAUGCCUUUGCAGCUGUAGCUCAAUUGUUUCAAACAACACAAGGACAACAGCUUCAGCAAAUUCUUCAGACUUUUCAACAGCCUCAAAAACCCCAGUCACCGGUCAUAGAUAACACUGUGAUGGCUCAGGUUCAAGCUAUUACUGCUCAGUUGAAAACUACAGCAGCACAACCGCCAGAACAAAAAGCUGCUUUCCCACCGCCUGAGCAAAAAACAUCAUUUGACAAAAAGCUGCUAGAUCGGUUUGACUAUGAUGAUGAACCAGAAGCAGUGGAAGAUUCAAAGAAAGAAGAUUCAGCUCCUUCUCCUUCAGUUUCUCAGCCAGCUUUGACCUCUCUCUCAUUCAGUGCACAGGCUGGAUGGUGCUCAAUACCUGGUGGAUUUCCAGGAGAAGGUAUACAACAGCCAGUAUUUCCUCAGCUCCCAAAUAUGGAUCCUUUUCAGCAGCGAAUGAUGGGAAUACAACAGGAUCCAAUGCGUCACCAGGUUCCGCUUCCUCCUAAUGGGCAAAUGCCAGGUUUUGGUCUCUUGCCUACCCCACAGUUUCCACCCAUGGCUCAGCCUGUGAUUCCGCCAACAGCACCUGUGCAGCAAACUUUUCAGUCUCCUUUUCCAGUACAGAGUGAAUCACACAUGCAAAAACCACAUCAGCAGGAUAUGGAAGUGGAACAGCCACCUAUUCAAGAGGGAAAACGGCAUGUUUCUGACAACAGAAAGUCAAGAUCUAGGUCUGCAUCAAGGUCACCUAAAAGGAGACGUUCAAGAUCUGGCUCCCGAUCUCGAAGGUCACGUCAUCGUCGAUCUCGAUCUCGGUCCAGGGAUAGACGCCGACACUCUCCUAAGUCUCGGUCACAAGAAAGACGUGAACGUGAGAGGGAGAGAGAACGCAGGUCAAAAGGCCUUCCUCAGAUCAAGUCAGAAACUGUUAGUGUUUGUAGUACUACGCUUUGGGUAGGACAACUUGACAAAAGGACAACUCAACAGGAUGUCGGAAGCCUUUUGGAGGAGUUUGGCCCGAUUGAAUCAAUAAAUAUGAUACCGCCUAGAGGAUGUGCCUAUAUUGUAAUGGUUCACAGACAAGAUGCUUACCGUGCCCUACAAAAACUGAGCCGAGGAAACUUCAAAGUCAAUCAGAAAUCUAUAAAGAUUGCAUGGGCUUUGAAUAAAGGAAUAAAGCCAGAUUACAAGCAGUAUUGGGAUGUAGAAUUAGGUGUUACUUACAUACCAUGGGACAAAGUGAAACCUGAAGAUCUUGAAAGUUUCUGUGAAGGAGGAAUGUUGGACAAUGAAACUCUUAGUCCAGAGUGGAAAGGCAUUCCCAAGAAGUCUGAAAAUGAAGUAGCUCAAAAUGGAGGUGCAGAAGCUACACAUAAUGAACCAGUGUCACCUAUACCUAAAGCUUUACCUGUUCCAAUUCCUGUUCCCAUGCCUGCACCAAUAACAGUACCUCCUCCACAG